AUGUAUGUUAAUCAUGUGUGUAUGCCUAGCCCACCUGGGUUAAUCAUUCAUGUCAACCCCAGAAAACAGGUUUAGGCCAAAAAGCAAUCAGAAAGCAGAGCAAGAUAAUAGAAAGAAAGCAACCAAAGGGGAAAAGAUUAGCUCGAAACAGUCCCAAAUAGGCCAUCAAAGGCUUCUUCUUUUUCUUCCAGCCGCUUCCCCAUCUCGGCCUUUAUAUCGAAGAGAAGACCCAGCUGGCUUUCCUUGGAUUUUUCUAUCUUUCACGCUCCUUGCCAUCCCCACCAAAUUUCUUAGCAGAGCCCUGAAUUUCUUCCCUUCCGAAAUGGGUUUCCCUUUCUCCAAACAACCCAUCACUCCCUUCUCCUUCUUCUGCUGUGUUUCAGCUGCUCUUUGUUUGGGGUUCUUCGUUUCGCCAUCAUCAGCAGCAGAUGUGACCAGUUUGAUCUUCAAGGGCUGCUCCGACCAGAAAUUCCAGGACCCAUCUGGGAUCUCGGCUCAAAACCUCAAGGACCUCUUCCAAUCCCUGGUGUCGCAGUCCGCACAGAAGCCUUACUCCACUGCCUCGUCCGGCGCCGGGGCCGCCGCCAUCAACGGGCUCUACCAAUGCAGGGGAGACCUCUCCACGGCCCAGUGCUACGACUGCGUCGGCCGGAUUCCGGACAAGUUCGACAGGCUCUGCGGCGGCGGGGCGCCGUCGGUGGCGGCUAGGGUCCAGCUCGCCGGCUGCUACCUCAAGUACGAGGUGGCCGGGUUCAAGCAGACACCGGAGACCCAGCUCCUGUUCAAGGUGUGCGGGUCGACGACGGCCGCCGGAGAUGGGUUCCAGCAGAGGAGGGACGCCGCGCUGGAUGCGAUGGCGAACGGGCUGAAGUCCGGAGGCGGGAAUGGGGUUUUCGCGACGGGGAGUUAUCAGUCGGUGUUCUACUUGGCGCAGUGCGAGGGGGAUUUGGCCGGGGGAGGAGGAGAGUGCGGGAACUGCGUGAAGAGCGCGGUGGAGGCGGUGAAGACGCAGUGCGGCGGGUCAAUCGGCGGGCAGGCGUAUCUGAACAAGUGCUACGUUAGCUACACUUACUACCCCAACGGUGUACCGAUCAUCGAUAACACCUCAGGUGGAGGAGGAGGGAAGCCGCACACGGCGAGGACGGUGGCGAUAGUGGUGGGGGGAGUGGCGGCGGUGGGGUUUCUGGUGGCGUGCUUGUUGUGCGUGAAGUCGGCAUUGAAGAGGAAUCGUGGCGGCGGCGGUGGUGGUAAGCAUGGACACGGCGGCGGCGGAGGAGGGUGGAACUGACAGUGUUGGAGAAAUUUUUCUUUCACACUGCCCUUUUUCUUCCCACAUAAAAUUGUUUAGUUAAUUAAUGAUUAACCAAGCAUAUUUUUCUGAUGUUUUGUUACAUAGUUUGAUGAUGAAAAAGCCUACAUCUGUUUAUAGACCAUGAAUGAAAUUAAUUUUAGAGAUGGUAGUUACGGUGAGAAGGAGGAAUGACAUUAUUGACAUCCGUCUUCAACUUAAUCAUCCUCCUUCAACUCAAUCACGAUUUGUCUAUGGCAGAGGUUAUCCAUGGACAUCAGAAACCCUAGAUCAUCCUCCUUCAACUUAAUCACAUUAGUUUUAAGUUGAAUUUGGUACUAAUUUGUCUAUGACAGAAAUUAUUUACGGAUAUCAGAAACCCGAGAAGCGGCAAAGGUAAAAAAACCCUUUUAUGAAUGUCGAGAAACUUGAGUUUACAAAUUGAAAAUGACAAUAGAUUUAACCAAACUCG